GAUCAAUCACGAAAGAAACAUACGUGGCAUGUCCGUUGUAAUUUAUAAGAGAGCGAAGAAAUCAAAGAAACUUAAAAAAUGUCAGUUGUAGUUCGGCACCGCAGUAGAACCCUCAGCCGCCAUUUCUACUCCUUCUCCUCUUCGUCUUCUUCCUUAUCCACCAAAGUUCCCCUUUUGUAAACCCAAGACGAUGCAAACGACGCCGUCACCCUCCAGCUCCUCUCCUGGGGCAGAGGCGCCUCGGGCCAACUCGGCGGCGGCAUCGAAGAGAACCGACUCUACCCAACCCCAGUCGCCAAUCUCCUCGUCCCUCGAUCCUCCUUCACUCUCUCCCCAACCCCUGGUCGCCGCUUUCUCGAUAAGAGAAAAGGACUUGUUUUGGAGGUUGGUGUUUCUUGUGGGCUCUUCCAUUCUUCGUUGCUCGUCGAUGGCAAGCUCUGGAUUUGGGGUAAAGGCGAUGGCGGCCGCCUUGGAUUCGGCCACGAGAAUCCGGUUUUUGUUCCCACUUUGAACCCUCAUUUGGAUUCUGUUAAGUCUGUUGAGCUUGGAGGACUACAUUCUGUCGCGCUCACCUCCCUCGGAGAGGUCUUCACUUGGGGUUAUGGCGGUUUUGGUGCGCUUGGACAUUCUGUUUACCAUAGAGAACUAUUCCCUCGAUUGGUGGAAGGCUCUUGGAGUGGGAAAAUAUGUCAUAUUGCAACUAGUGGAACACAUACUGCUGCUAUCACAGAAACAGGGGAACUUUAUACUUGGGGUAGAGAUGAAGGGGAUGGUAGAUUGGGCCUUGGUCCUGGCAGAGGCCCAAAUGAAGGAGGUGGACUCAGUAUUCCUACCAAAAUAAAAGAAUUACCUAUGCCAGUGACUGCCGUUUCGUGUGGUGGGUUUUUCACAAUGGCACUGACAGAGCAGGGGCAACUUUGGAAUUGGGGAGCAAACUCCAACUAUGAGCUUGGAAGAGGUGAUAAGGUUGGUGGUUGGAAGCCAAAGCCAAUUCCUAAUCUAGAAGGUGUUCGGUUCAUUCAGAUAGCCUGUGGUGGAUAUCACUCUCUUGCAUUAACCGAUGAUGGUAAAGUACUUUCUUGGGGCCAUGGUGGACAUGGUCAGUUGGGUCAUUCUUCUAUCCAAAAUCAGAAAGUACCUGAACCGAUUGGGGCUUUAUCUGAUGAGCAUGUUGUCUAUAUCACUUGUGGAGGUUCAUCCUCGGCAGCUGUAACCCGUGAAGGGAAGCUUUACAUGUGGGGAAAUGCUAAAGAUUCUCAAUUGGGAGUUCCUGGGCUGCCAGAGGUGCAACCAUGUCCUAUUGAAGUUAAGUUCCUAAUGGAGGAUGAUGGGUUGGGACCCCACAAUGUCCUAUCGGUCGGAGUGGGUGCAUCACAUGCCAUGUGUUUGGUUAUGAGGUCAGGUUACUAAAAUUGGUCUCAUGAUUUGAAGGUUCUCUGAACAUGUAUCAACAGAUAUAGGGAUUAACCUUUUGCAACAGAGCUCGAGCAAGCUAGGAAAUAUACAUGUAGAUCUCUAAUGCUAGGAUAAUUUAGACUCACUGCAACAAGAUUUUUGAGGUGGAUGAUUUCGUGAUGCAGGAAGUUUUGGCCCCUACCUAUUGUAUGAUGUAUACAUCACUGGAUCUGGAACUCAUCUACGCCGAAGUAUGCGUAUAAGUGUCAUAUAUAGAGGCAUGCAUAGUUCCAUUUCA